AUGGAACCGGGAAAUGAUACACAAAUUCCAGAGUUUCUUCUUCUGGGAUUAUCAGAGGAACCAGAACUACAGCCCCUCCUAUUUGGGAUUUUCCUCUCCAUGUAUCUGAUCACUAUCUUUGGAAACCUGCUCAUUAUCCUGGCUGUCACCUCUGACCCCCACCUCCACACCCCCAUGUACUUCUUCCUUGCCAACCUGUCUUUUGUAGACAUCUGUUCCAUCUCCACCACCAUCCCCAAAAUGCUCCAAAACAUCCAGACUCAGAGCAAAGUUAUUACCUAUGCAGGUUGCGUCACUCAGAUGUACUUUUUCUUACUCUUUGCAGGCUGGGAUGACUUUCUCCUGGCUGUAAUGGCCUAUGACAGGUUUGUGGCCAUCUGUCACCCCCUGCACUACACAGUCAUCAUAAAUUCCCAGCUCUGUGUACUGCUGGUUCUGGUGUCCUGGAUCAUCAGUGUCCUGCAUUCCUUAUUAGAAAGCUUAAUGGUGUUGCAGCUGUCCUUCUGCAGGGAGGUGGAAAUCUCCCACUUUUUCUGUGAAAUUAAUCAGGUGGUCAAACUUGCCUGUUCAAGCACCUUUCUUAAUGACAUGCUGAUGUAUUUGGCAGCUGUGCUACUGGGUGGUGGUCCCCUUGCUGGGAUCAUUUACUCAUAUUUUAAGAUACUUUCUUCCAUACUUUGGAUCUCAUCAGCUCAGGGCAAGUAUAAGGCAUUUUCCACCUGUACGUCUCACCUCUCGGUUGUGUUCUUAUUUUAUUGUACAAUCCUAGGAGUAUACCUUAGCUCUGCUGUUCCCCAGAGCUCCCACUCAAGUGCAGUGGCCUCAGUGAUGUACACAGUGGUCACACCCAUGCUGAACCCCUUCAUUUAUAGUCUGAGGAACAGAGACAUAAAAAGGGCUCUGAAAAGAAUCUUUGGGGUUCCAGUGAUGUAA